UAUCGCGACCAAAUUGUGCGCUGCUGUUGAGGCUCUAAUUGCGGAUCGCCGUCAUGUUCGGGCAGGUCCGAUAAAGAAUCUUCGGGUAGUCACCGGAUCGACCUACGGAAGGAAGAGUCUGUCUUCAUCAUCUUAUGCAAACCUGCGGGGUGUAACCAGUCUGAGGCACGGAAUGAGCGCCGAGACCAAGGUCAAGGUCAUAGUACUGGGUGCUGGCGUGCUCGGCCUCUCUAUUGCUAAGGAGCUAGCGGAGAAGGGCGUAUCCUGCGCUGUCGUCGCUCGAGACCUGCCUGAGGAUCUCGAAUCGGGUCAAUUUGCCAGUCCAUGGGCUGGCGCUAACUGGAGCUCUUUCGCUGCGGAGGGGUCUCGUGAAGCUCACUGGGAUACCGUCACAUUCCAUCACUAUGCUCAACUAUCCCAGAGUCAUCCACAUGUCGUCGAGAGGAGGCCAUUCAAGCGGUUCUGGAAUAAGGAGGGAGGGUACCCGGAUCCAUGGUUUAAGGAUCUGGUCUUUGGUUUCCGCUCGCUUGAACAAGACGAGUUGGCCCCAGGAUACAAAUAUGGUCAAGGAUACGAAUGUUAUACAAUGUCACCGCCUGCAUACCUUGGUUACCUUGCGGAAGAAUUGAGAUCUUACAGCGUCCCGUUGAUCCGACGCCGCGUAUCUUCUCUUGACGAAGCUUACUCUAUGGAGGAUAUUGGCCCCGUGGACCUCGUUAUCAACGCUACGGGCCUAGGAAGUCGAUCACUCCUGGGGGUCGAGGACGAGCUGGUCUAUCCGAUUCGAGGGGAUACGGUCCUCAUCCGAGCACCAGGCAUCAAAACCACUAUGAAAGUCUUGGACCCGAAUUCGCCACAAGAUCAGCAACUUGGGAAACGAUUCUAUAUCAUUCCUAGACCUGGACCAGGAGAUCGAGUGAUAUUGGGCGGGACGGAGCUGGACAACGAUUGGGAUACACUGCCUAGACCCGAGACCGCCAAGAGGAUCUUGAGAGACGCGUACGCUGUAUGUCCCGAGCUGAGCGGUGGGAAAGGAUGGGAAGCAAUCGAUGUGAUCAGUUGUAAUGCGGGCCUGAGACCUGCUCGAAAAGGCGGAGCAAGGGUAGAGUUGGAAUACAGAAGGUUGGGGGAGCAAAGGGGUUUGACACCGCACAACAUCAGGUCGGAGGAGAAUGUCGGACGAGAGGUGGGCGUGGUCCAUGCGUACGGUAUUGGACCAGCAGGAUACCAAACGAGCAAAGGGAUCAGCGAGGAAGUCACAGGACUGGUUGACAAGUUCUUCCGUGAUCAGAACACGUCCAUCAGUGGGAUUAGUAAUGGCUUGGAGAAUCAGCACACACAAGCUGAAUGAUACGACCCUCCACACAUACGCACACACACACACACACACAUAUACAGCUCAUAAUUCGUCCCACAGGCUGACAGAUGAAUAACGCUACA